AUGAACGCUGGCAGAUUCAGCCGCUUCGUUCCCUCGGCCGCGCGCCUGGCCCGCACCCUGGUCACCGAUGCCUCGCAGACCCUCCAGCCGUCAGUCCUGCGGCCGAUCGGCUCGCUCACCCGCAAGAUCGCGCCCUCGGCGGGCACCAAAAGCGCCCUGAACUGGCCGCCGCCGCAGCCCCUAAAGGCCAUCAACCCGCUGGCGCCUACGGUGCAGGCCUUUGUUCUGGACUUUGCAACCAGCGCACCCCAGUCGAUUGCGGAAUUGCCGCGGACCGUGUUUGCGGCACCGGUGCGCUCCGACAUCAUCCACCGAGUGGUGACGUACGAGCGGAAUCUGCGUCGCCAGGGGACGCACAACUCACGGACGCGCAGCGAGGUGCGCGGGUCGACGCGCAAAAUCACCCCGCAGAAGGGCCUGGGUAUGGCACGUCACGGGACGCGUCGCGCGCCGCAGUAUGUCGGCGGUGCCAAGGCCCAUGGGCCGGUGCCGCGGAGCCAUGCGAUUGAGAUUCAGCGCAAGGUGUGGCUGAUGGGAUUGCGCGCGGUGAUCUCGGCCAAAUACGCGCAGGACCAGCUUGUUGUGGUCGAGGACUUUGAUGUUGCCUCGCAUCGGACCCAGGACCUGCGUCGGACUCUGGUCCAGAACGCGUGGAUGCCGACUGCUGGCGAUGCGAAUGUCCUGAUGAUGCCGCUGAUGGACAAGGAGCUGCCCGAGGGUCUGCGCAACCUUGAGCUGGCGAGCCGCAAUCUGCCCGGUGUUUAUGAGAUCCUGAGGCACGACUACCUGAUCAUCGAUCGCAAAGCUCUGGAGCUGCUGCAGAGCACCCUGCUGCCCUUGUAG